AUGCAUGAUGAUUUUUUCGCAAUCUCAACCUUUUCUACGACUUACGAAUACCAGGCAUAUAAGAAAUCUCUGGAGGUACGCGGAAGAGAGAAGCGGAUCAGAGGACUGGAAAAGUACAACAACGAGCAAAUGUUCUUCAUUGGAUAUGCUACGCAGUGGUGCGGCCAUUCAACGCCAUUUGGACUUGUAAACCAGAUCCUCACCGAUGUUCAUUCUCCAAAUCGAUAUCGGUGA